AUGGUCUCCGGAUCUCUCUUCGCCGUUGCCGCUCUCGCUCUGAGCGGCGUCGCCCAGGCUCGUGAAGUUCCGCCACGCCCAGAUACCAAGGCGCACCCCAACCCUCCAUUCAGGCCAUUCCCGGUAUCGCCGCCUCGCACCAAGUCGUGCUUCGUCAAGCCAAGCUGUACCCCUGGCCGUGACGACUCGGCGAAGAUUCUCAAGGCCUUCCACGACUGUAACAACGGCGGUACCGUCGUUCUCGACGAGUCUUACACUAUCUGCACGCCACUCGAUCUACGCUUCUUGAAACAUGUCGAUGUCGCCCUGACAGGUCGCAUCACCUUCUGCGAUGGUGUGGACGACUGGAUGAAGAAGUUCUUCCCCAUUCCCUUCCAAGAAGGCAACACAUGGUGGCUCUGGGGCGGAGAAGAUAUUAACCUCUACGGACUUGGCAAGGGAGUCAUCGACGGAAACGGCCAGGAGUGGUACGACGCUCAUGGCUCGAGAGAGGGAAUCUUGCGUCCCUUGCUGUUUGUCACCGACGGCUGGAAGGGUGGCUCCAUCACUGGCCUGAAGAUGCGCCAGUCACCUAAUUGGCACAAUCUGAUAGCAAAUUCUUCAGAUAUUCUCGUGUCUGAUUUCGACAUCUACUCUCGUUCUGCAAGCAAAUAUGAGGCAAAGAACCUAGAUGGCUGGGAUACUUACAGAUCCUCGAAUAUAGUCAUUCAGAACUCGGUUUUGGACCAUGACGACGACUGCGUAUCCUUCAAGCCCAAUAGCACCGAAAUCAUCGUACAAGGCUUGCAAUGCAACUCAUCCCACGGCAUUUCUGUUGGCUCUCUGGCCCAGUACCCAGGCGUCGUCGACAUCAUUGAGAACCUGUACAUCUUUAACAACACGCUCAGCAAUGCCACAGACAGUGCCCGCCUCAAGGUCUGGCCUGGCUUGGGUGCUGUCACCAAGCCCGGUUGGAUCGGCGGCGGUGGCAUCGGUCACGUCCGCAACGUUACUUAUGAGCAGUUCCACGUCCGCAACAACGAUGCCGCUCUCAAGAUUGACCAGUGCUACGGCGCGGUCAACGCCUCCACAUGCAAGGAGCACCCUUCUCAGGUCCUUCUUGAAAACAUUCUAUUCAAGGAUUUUGACGGAUACACUUCCAAGGCCAGCGAUCCUGUUGCUGGUGCACUGAUUUGCAGUUCAGAAGAGAGUUGUGACAACAUUCGCGCUGAAAAUGUUCGGAUCACUGUCCCCAGCGGCAAGACUACGCGCUGGCAGGUGAGAAACGUCGAAAAGGAACUGCUGGACGUCAACGGCGAGAUCGUCCAGGCCUAG